UCUAACCGGCUUGUUUGCCCCGAUCGUCGCUAACGUACGCCGCGAUUCCUGAAUGCCAAAACACGUGCGUUUAACGUUGCAAUUCGCGUGCAAUCGCCAGUCCGCUUCGCGAAGGUGAAGUGCGCGCGCGCUCACGCGUUCACGCGCGUCGGGGGAUUUUGAAGAGAUCGGCACCGGCAUUAGGCGUAGCACGCGAGGAUGGCUCCCCCAAGGAAGAGCAACGUUGAGUCGAACUCGACAUUGGCCUCUACCAGCAGCGCUGCGACCAGGUCAAGAUCGUCGUGGACGUCAAGCAGCUCGACUACCGAGUCUUCGGUGACCGUCACCAGCCGCAGCACCCGGACCAUGACGUCGCGCAGCCGCUCGCCGUCAAAGUCUCCAAAGACAAAGCGUGUCACGAGUCGUAGCAGGAGCCGCAGCGCAUCCCGAGCCGGCGCCGCCACAUCCUCGAGAACGCCCCGGUCGCCGCAGAAGAAGGCUGCCUCCCCGAAGACACCAAGCCGCAGCCCGGCCAAGAAGGCCAAAAGCCCCGGGCGCCCAAAAAGCCCCGGGCGCCCAAAGAGCCCCGUUGGGCGCCCUCCAGCAAGGACUUCGCUGCCCAAGAGCCCAGCGCGCAAGUCGCCAGCAGCCAAAAGUCCAGCUAGGAAGGCUCCGGCAGCCAAGAGUCCAGCUAGGAAGACUCCAGCCAAGACGACUCCGGCCAAGACGAGAGCCCCAUCAAAGUCACCAGCACGUACCACUACGCAGCGAAAGAAGAGUGUCAGCCCUACGAGGGAGAGAGGCGACGACUCCCCACGGGCCGGCCCUUCGCGCACUCCGGUGUCCUCGUCGUCCUCGUCGGAAACGAUCGUCACGCAGGCACCGGCGCGCAGUCGCGCGAGCCUCAGCACGCCUCUGGGUGCCGGUUCUCCCCAGCCCGUGGUGAACCUCGGCAGCAAUUCGAUCACUCGCCGCAUAUCGAACGCACCCAGCACAAGCGCGUCGACCCACGUCUACAACGUGCAGGGAGUGCGGUCUUCCCCACGCAUCGCCACCAUGCACUCGACCUCGCUCGACGAAGACGAGGCGCUGCCGUCGACCUCCAAGAAGAUCCGGGUGCAGAUUGCCGAACCGAGGAGGCCUCGCUUCCGCAUGCCUGAAGUUCGACUGCCCUUCCGCCUGGGCGACACGCUCAGCGCCCUCUUCUGGAUAUUCCUGGUGCCCUCGCUGGCCAUUGGGCUCUACCUGCUGUGUCAGAAGGAGAGCUGCACCAUCUUGAAGGCUCCCAGACUGCCCAAAACGCUGGGCGCAUACUUCCACUGGAAGCUCUACGUCGGCUACCUGGGCUUCCUGGUUAUUCAGGCCAUCAUCCAGGCACUGCCCGUGGGCCGCACGGUUCAGGGCUUCCCUUCCAAAGCCCUCAAGCAUCGCAUUUCCUACGAGUAUCGCCUCAAUGGUAAAGUGAACUUGCUGGUCACAGUAGCUGCGUUUUGCGGCCUGGCAUGGUACGGCUUUCCCGUGGCCAUACCGUACCACUACAUCCUCCAGUUGCUGAUGACCACCGCUGCAUUUGCCCCGGUCCUCGCCCUGCUCCUCUACAUCAAGGGGCACUAUGCAUCCUGGGACCACCAGUUCCCACCAGGAAACACGGGUAAUGUGCUGAAUGACUAUGUGAAGGGCCGAGAACUCUCACCGCGCAUUGGACAAACUUUCGACCUGGCCGCACUGUGCUUUCGCUGUGGACUGCUCACAUGGGUUGUUCUGCUAGGUGCAAUGGCUUGGCAUGAAUUCAAGGCCAAAGGAUGCCUGGAUUACGGGUUUGCCAUCAGCAGUGCCUGUCAGCUGCUCUACAUCGUCAUGAUUUUCGUAGACGAGGAGUACUACCUGAGCUCGGCGUUCGUCAAUGAAGACGGCCUCGGCUACAUGGCCGUCGCUGGCAACCUGGUCCUGAUGCCCUUCGUGGGCUCCCUGCCAUCCAAGUUCCUCCUUGAGCAGCGACCCCCGACCCUGCCCAUCGUCUGCUAUGCUGGCAUGGUCAUCCUUUUCGCGGCCAGCCUGAUUGCGAUGCACAUUGCCCACAAGCGGAAGUACCACCUGCGACGCAACUGGCCCGACCCGUCCUCCCGAGGCCCAGGUCUCGACUACCUGUUGGACAACUCGGGCAAUCGCCUUGUCGUUUCCGGCCUCUGGGGCUUCGUGCGGCACCCAAAUUACUUGGCUGACCUUCUGUGCCACCUGGCCUUUGCCCUGCCCUGUGGCUUCCACCAUGUGCUGCCUUUCUACAGCUUGCUGAUGUGUACGGUGUUCCUCGUCGCAAGGACAGUAGAGGUUGAACGCAAGUGUCGGCACCGCUACGGUGACCUCUGGGCAAGUUACACUCAGCGAGUCAAGUACCGGCUCGUGCCCUACGUCUUCUGAUUUGGCCAUCGGUCCACCGGCUUCCCUCAUCUCUCCAUCCGUCUCCGUCUUCUGACAUUGUCACCACCUGUCUCUGUCUUCUGACAUUGUCACCACCUGUCUUGUGCGUUUCACAACCCCCUCGUCACCUCCCUACCCCCCCCCCCCCCCUUUUCUUUUUUUCUGUUGCGCGCCUCUGCAAUAUCUGCAAGACAGGGAAGCGGUCUUCAUUUGGUCAUGCACAAAUGAGCUUGACACCCUGGGACGUGCAUAACGGGGCCUACGCUCGAGCUGCAAGUUUGCCGCAGCCUCGAGGUUUACCUUGCAGUGCAAAGUUCGCCUUUCGCUUUGGUACCUUUUUAUGUUUUAACGGCGUGAAUCGAUUUCCCGUAAAUCGAUUUCCCAGUUUCACAUCCCCAGGUUUUAUCAUUUUCUCGAGUCAUGUGUCCGGCAUGGGCACCUUGUCACCUGCUUUACACUGAACAUUACGUUGGCAUCACUAAACCGUUGCUGUGCCAACUCUUUACACAACCCCACAUCGCGGCAGUGAAAUGCCUCGUGGGCUAGCUCUGACCUUGUCCGCGGAGGCACAUAAAGUCAAAAGAAUGAAAGAGCUUUUAUUAAGGACAUCGCAGAACAUCAUCAGUAAGAGUGCAUAUCUGUGGUGUCUGUUAAAACGCUUGUCGAAAUUGUCACGCUUUCUUUUAAAGGAAGUGGGAGUGCUUGAGGUUAAAAGAGAAUGCCUGUCGUAGUCUGCAUGGACUGUGAGAGCAACUGUUUUCUCAUCGCCAAUUUUUGGCUUUUAACAACAUCAUAAUCCAUCAGUUUUUAAUCAUUGCUUUGUACAAAGCAUGUUUGUGCACUGUAUGACGAGGGCACGAUGAGCGGCUCACUUAUCAUUUUAAUUUUCAUGCUUGCGAAGACCCACCCCAGCUAUGCUCGGAGACUGGCAGAGGCAGCAUAGUUGGUUUCUCUCGCGAAAAAACUGGAGGCGCCUGUAUUACUGCCAUGUGACUGUAAACGUUGCAGUUUGCGAAAGUCGCAUAAAACGCCUAUUUUAUUGUCUAAAAUGUGCAAAUCACAACAAGAUGUCUUAACUAAUCAAAUGUUCUUAUUGGAAUCGGCCCUCGCUCAGAUCUGCGGAUGACUGAUGUGCUUCUAGGUUUAGUUGAAAUUAAGCACCGUGGUACCCGCGAUCGGUACGUUCUAGGUUACGAGACAUUGCGGCAGCGUUGUUGCGGAACUUGUCACCACGUCAGUGCCAGCAGUGGCUAAGGAUCGCAUGCUCUCUAUUGUGAUGUAGCCAUCAUUGCAGCCAGCUUCGGGGUUUCACCUGCCAAGCUCUGAGCACUGUCUCAGAGAAGACGGGGAUGGAAAUCGCAGUAUUGCGGGCUCGGGCGUUGGCUUUCGGGGCACAAGCGAUCGCUGCGGCGUUCGCAAGUGAUCUAUUUGGUGACCACCUUUUGCUGCCAAGUCUAGCAUGUUCAAACUAAGCUUGCUUAGCAUGCACCUGCAUUUCAGUGCCACUACCGUGUGUGUGACUACGCUGUUAAUUACGUCAGGUUGGUUUUAAAAAAUGCGUUAAAACUGUCAAACUUAAUUUUAAAUGCAAAGGAUUGCACAGUAUGUUCUAUUGUAUAUUAGCCUGCUUUUCAAAAGCUUGCACGGAAUGUUCUGUUGUAUACGUUUUGUUUGCUUUAACGAAACCUGUUUACCUUGCCUUAGUUUGUGGAAAUGAGUUCUUCCUAAACUGUUGAAUUUCAGGUUGCUCAGUGUGACAAUGACACUGUUGUUUUUUCGAAGUCUGGGUCUGUGUUGUCAAGGCUUCAGGUAUUUCAGCCGAUAGCCGUGUUUGAGCUGGCAUAUUUUUUUUUUUCCCCCUUGUGCGCGGGAUGAACGAAAUUUGUAAUUACGCCUGCCAAGAAUUGUUACAAGGUGAUCUCUAACGACAUGCAGCAGCUUGUUGUAUCUGCAUUUGCAGAAGCCAAAAGCCAUACCGUCAAGUGCUUGCAAGACGCCUGUGGUCUUGAUGCACAAUGCAUUACACAAUGUACAUUUGAUUUCUUUUUGACAUGCCUGCUCAUUAACUUAAUCGCCCUUUCUAAGAAAUAUUGACAACAGUGUGUUGACUGUCAGUAUUUUCUCUUUAGGCCUGUGUUUUCAAGGAUCAUUGGGUACCUGCUACUGUAUACAUUGUUGUUCAUUUGCUUUAUCUUUGUUUUCGCACAGAGCAUUCGAUUACUGAAUUAUAACUGAAGCAAGCCUCGUCUGACAACUUGCUGCACUUUAAUUUGAGGUGCUGGAGAGGCAGUGUAUAUCGGCAGUCUUGUUGUGGUGGAUAACUUUAUUUAAGUACUUCCGAUGCCAUGUGUUUCAUUUGUACUUGUGCUCAAAAUAAAAUGUUUGACGAAACUCUGCAUGUUACGACGAACUGAUGCUUUCCUGAAGGUCCUCAAUCUGAUUCUCAACUCUUCAACUGCAUAGGGUCGUCUUAAGAAUGAAAUGCGAUCACAGAGCAUGCAUUAAGCCUCUGUGAGAUAAAAAAAAAUCAAUGCACGAACCAUGUACUAUGCACAAUUCAUGCAUGGCAAAUGACAUGCAUUGAAACCAGAGAGACAAGCACCACUUUCUUGAUAAGGCAUAGAUGGUGCAAGAAGUUGUUCACCUGCUGUCUUGAUUGCAUUUCAUUUUAGGACAACUCUACUCCAGUCUGCUCUGAUAACCUCUUUCAUUUCGUGUGUUGUCUGGCCCGGUCAUUUUCUUUCACUGGCAAUUUGCUCAUGCACGUUCAUCUUACUACAUAUAUUUUUUAUGUAAAUAAGAAGGCGAGAACGCCACUGUUCUUGCUUAGUGUUCUUGUUUUCACUGUAGUAUGCGACCAAGUGCAACAUGCCCUUCUUAGUUUUCAGAUGUCGCAUGCUCUGAAUGCAUGGCCAGAAGAAAAAAAAGAAAAGUCAGAUUUGUACCCUUGAGAUUUUUUUAUUUUUACUGUAUCCCAUUGCGUGGCAUAGCAACAUGUGUCCCCGAAGUGCGACAACAGUUGCCAUUUUGUGUAUCGCUGCAUCGUGUAACAAUAAACAUUAUCCCAUUCUUUA